GAGCAAAAGCUAACCAAUCAGAAGCAGCCACACUGUUUGGCAACAACAUUCCGUCUCGUCGCAGUUCGACAGCAUAUUAUGUACAGAAGCCGAUUUAACAAUCCAGCUUUUGUAUGCACAAGUUUGAAUUUUGACAAGAAACAACAACCGUAAUUUUUGGUGACCGUAAGACUGUUUUGUUCUACACACACUGUGCUGCAAGUUAUCGCCGAAACGUGACACCAAACGUGAGAAGUGGAAAAAUGGACGUGGAGGACUCUCAACCGAAGACGAUAAGUCUUCUCGUAAAAACACCCAGUCAGGCUGUGGAGGAUCAAACAAUUGAAGGAGUCCAUGUGAACUGGACGGUGAAGGACUUAAAGACACAUCUGUCGUCAGUUUAUCAAAUAAAACUGGCUGUUAGUGACCAGAGGCUCAUCUAUUCUGGCAAACUUCUACCCGACCAUCUUUACAUUCGAGAUCUCUUCACACAGACAGAUACCAUUCCCACACUGCAUCUAGUCUUUGCUGUAAAGAUGCAACCCAAAGCACAUCUGGGGGCAAGACCAAAGGUUAAGGAAGCAGGUCAGCCGCAUCUCUGUAGUCCAAGGCCCACGCCAUCCUCAGCGUCCUCCAGUAGCACAGCAGAGCUGAGACAGAGGAGGCAGACGUCUUCAACUUCAGAUGCCACGCUGGCAUCAGCCCCAGGCGUUCCCGCGUGGCCUGGCACCAACAUGACUGGAACGCCUCAAAUGGCUCAACCAGCAUUUCCAGCUUACUCGCUGUACAGUCCCCAACAACUUCUGUGGCUCCAGCAUGUCUAUGCUCGACAAUAUUACAUGCAAUAUCAAGCAGCUAUGGCAGCAGCUGCCACCGGCCCCUCCAUAGCACCCGCAACUGUUGUCCAUCACCCACCUGUACCCGCUCACCAGGUACCUGUGCCAGCGCCAAUGGCUAAUCAGAACCCCAUCAACAAUCUGCAACCAGCGAACCAGAACCAAGUGCAGGACGGUGCAUUCAUUGACCCUGGCGUGGCCAAUCAGAAUAUGAGAAUGAACGCCCAAGGGGGACCUGUCAUGGAGGACGAGGACGACAUAGAGCGCGACUGGUUGGACUGGUUGUACUCGGCGGCAAGGCUCGGUGUUCUGCUCAUGAUUGUGUACUUCAACUCCAACCUGAGUCGCUUCCUUCUGGUGAUGGGCACCCUCUUCCUCAUGUACCUUCACACCACCGGCUGGUUCUCACUUAGAAGACGACAGCAGAUCCAAGGACCCAACGGCCUGCAGCCCCCCGAAGUCCUGCACAACCAGGAGAAUGAGGACAGAAUCCCAAAUCCUGGUGCAGAGCUUGCUGAAGAACAGAGAGAACUUUCUGCUGAAGGUGAAGAAUCAGAUGAACCCGAGCCCAUGGCAGCUGUUUUGGUGCCUCCGCACCGGGUGUCAGUCUUUUGGACAGCCUGGGUCUUUUUCAAAACCUUUUUCUCCUCGCUCAUACCUGAGGUUCCUCAAGGCGUGGCCAACUGACCUGCUCCGACAGACCAUCCAUCCCCAAGUUGCUUGAGGCAUGGAAUUUUUGUUAUUCACAGUGGAAGAAAAACUUCAACUUGACCAAAAACAGCAGGAUUAUGUGCACAAGUGUGAGAGAGUGAGGCAGGAUGAGGGGCAGAAGCAGCCCAGUAGCUCUUAAUAAUGAACUCAAAGAGAAAUUUAAAAUCGAACCAAUAUCCUGCAGUACAAAAUCACAUUUAUUUGCUUAGCCACAUGAAAAUGAGGUUGUGAACUGAUUGUGCAACUUCACAAGUGCUUGUGAUGCUCCUGAUAAAAGUGACAGAUCAAGCCUUUUGGCCUCUUCAUCCUGGAAAAAUAAUUCUCAAUCACAAAUGUGCCAAAAUUAGACCAAGCUAAACCUUUUGAUUUUUGUUUAUUUUUGCUGCAUGUUAAAAUAAUCACGUGAUUAUGCCAUGUCAUUUGUGUAAAGCAAAAAAAAAAAAGAAGAUUUUUAGUGUGGUGAAUUUAGUUUGUUAUAACCCUGUUCAGCCUUAUUCCAAGCAAUUUAAAGUGAUAAUUAAAUUGACUGACUCAUUACAUAUACAUAGUAUACAUAAACGUAUUCUUCACGCCAAGAAAAAAAA